AUGAAGUGGGGAGAGGAAGAGAAGAUAGGUGUGUUGGUGAAGAAGGAUGAUAUUAAGAGGGCAAUGUGCAUGGUGAUGGAUGAUGAUGGAGAAGAAGGCAAAGGGAGAAGAGAAAGAGCCAGCAAACUGAGUGAGAAGGCAAAGAGAGCUGUUGAAGAAGGAGGGUCUUCUCAUCUUGACAUCACUUUGCUUAUUCAAGACAUUAUUCAACAAUCAAAUACCGAAUAG